AUGACAAUAUUCGUUAAGGAUCCAUACGGUGUUAUUUGUAUUUUCGUCACCUAUUUGUCCAUUUUUUACGCGGAUUAUGCCGUUAUCAAAUGGGUGAUUAUCUACACAAUGCAAAACAGUGCUUGGGGAUCAUUCAAUAUAAUAUUAUUCAAUUUAAUAAUCUUACUUUUAAUGAUAGCUCAUGUGAAAGCAGUUUGCUCAGAUCCUGGAAUAGUUCCGCUUCCUCAAAACAAAGUAGAUUUUUCUGACAUGUAUUCAGGAUCGAAGGAUCACGACAUUGAUACCAAUUGGACAGUAUGUGCAAAAUGUGAAACAUACAGGCCACCAAGAGCUCAUCACUGUAGAACUUGUAAGAGGUGCAUAAGGAGAAUGGAUCAUCACUGUCCUUGGAUAAAUAAUUGUGUCGGAGAAAGAAACCAAAAAUACUUCAUACAAUUUUUAAUGUAUGUCGGUGCUCUGUCAAUAUAUUCUGUCAUUUUAAUCUUAGCAUCUUGGUUUAAAGAUUGUCCAGACUGUAGCCAAGAUGUUGUCGAACAAGAGAGAAGAAUAAUGCAUUGCAUAGUUCUUGCCAUCGAAAGCGUCCUUUUUGGAAUUUUGGUUAUUGCCAUGCUUUCAGUGCAAUUGCAAGGGAUUUUCGGAGACGAAACCGGAAUCGAACAAAUUAAAAAUCAGGGACGUUAUCGUCCCAUAAAACCCAAAUACGUUUUGUUGAGCGAAGUUUGCGGUCGAACUCAUCCCAUUUUCUGGUUGUUUCCCUGUGACAAAUCAAAAACGAAAAAAUAUUAUGAUAUUCCCUUGUUAAGUCACGACGUUUGA